AUCAGCGUAAAAAUAUAAGGCCACAUCAUCCAUUAAAACCCCUCAAAACAUCCAUUAAUUCUGCCUCUCCGCCGCCGCCACCAACAACUCCAUCAACAACAUAUCAAUCAGCCAACCAAAAAGAUGAGGCUGCUAACACACAACAUGCUCGCAUCAAACAUCAAAGGUGUAACCAACGGCUUCCCUCUCCGCAUCGAGGCCGAAAAGGUCGUCGAAAAACAAGUCGAUUUCAACCCCGAUUUCCUCAAAAACAUGUUCUCCAAAAUCGACUGGAAAGCGCUGUCUGAUGCUUGUAAGACAAUGGGAUAUGCUGAACUCCCUGAAGAAACUCCUGACCACACUCUCCUUGAUUCUGAUGAGUUUUUGCAGAAGCUUCAUCACGCGCUGCUUGAGCUCCAUCUCGAAGAAGGCGCCCUUGUUUGCCCUGAAACUGGCCGCAAGUUUCCGGUUAAUAAGGGAAUUCCGAAUAUGCUCCUUCAUGAAGAUGAGGUCUAAAGCGUUCAUUUGUUCUGCUUAUUUCUAUAUCUAUUUGUAUUGGAACUCUGUUUGAUGAAAUAUUAGGGUUUGUUUCGUCUUUC